UUCGUUUCCGGCUCCGCCCACUGGUCCUACCUGUUAUUCGGUCCGGGUUGUCAGGUUAUAGUUCCAGGAGCCGGGACAUUUAGCUGCCUCCAAGAAGUGAAACCUGAUUCACCACCAUUUAUUUAGAAAACAUUGACUUACUAACGAGACAUGGCGGUGAAUACAGGCACAUCCCUGGUGCUGUCCAGUCUGCUGUCAGUCCUAGUAUUUGCUGGGAUGCAGAUGUUCAGUAAGCAGCUUGGUUCCACUGAGUGGCUCACCAUCCUGGGAGGUUUCCUGGGAUCAGUCCUUUUCAUCUGCUCCCUCACUGCAUUUAACAACCUUGAAAAUCUGGUUUUUGGGAAGGGAUUCCAAGCCAAGAUAUUCCCAGAGAUUCUGUUGUGCCUGUGCCUGUCACUGUUUGCCUCUGGUUUGGUGCAUCGCGUCUGUGUCACUACCUGCCUCAUAUUUUCCCUGUUUGCCUUGUACUACAUCAACAAAGUAUCUGCUGCCCUUUACCAAGCAGCUGUGCCCACGGUAACACCGGCUAAGACCGCCAGCAAGGGCAAAAGGAAGAAUUAACAGAUGAAUCUGUAAAAGAUCCCACUUGCAUCCAGUCAACCACUCAGUUUUAAAAAAGUUGCUAAUGGUCAGGGCAACACAGCAAUUAUAACUGUAUUACUUUUAGGUUGCAUUUGUUUAGUCGCGUUUGUUUUUGUUUUUUUUUUGUUUUGUUUUUUUUACAGCAUUUUCUAAAUAUGAAUCAUGGAGUAAAUGCAAUUGGUGUCUCAAAGGCUGUAAAAUUCACAAACAGCUAUCUACAUUCCAUUGUGAACUUUUUUCUCAAGACUUCAUUUCAGCUGGUUGCAAAGAGAUUUAAUGUGUUCAUUCAUCAGCAGAUUAAGUUUUUUUUUUUCUUCUGUCAUCAAUUUUUGUAAUUAAACUCUGUGAAAAAUGGU